ACUACCGCUCCUACAGUAAAUAUUUGUGUUUGCUGAACCGGCUGUAAUGGUGGACGACUGAGACACAGAGACGGAAUACAACUAGAGUGAAGAUAGAGAGGAUAACGGUUGAAAGCCUGCCUAAUUGCCAGCCGUCGCGAGUAGGACACGGGCUUCGUCGAAAAUGGAUGAACUCAAACAUCAAGUCAUGAUUAACCAGUUCGUCCUGACGGCGGGUUGUGCGGCAGAUCAGGCGAAGCAGCUUUUGCAAGCGGCACAUUGGCAGUUUGAGACUGCCCUCAGUGCCUUCUUUCAAGAAACAAAUAUUCCAUAUGGCCAUCAUCAUCAAAUGAUGUGCACCCCAGCCAACACACCAGCGACUCCCCCCAACUUCCCUGAUGCACUGACCAUGUUCUCACGGCUCAAAGCGUCCGAGAGCUUCAACAGCGGGAGCAGCGGCAGUCCCAUGGCCGCCUCCAUGGCCACGUCUCCUCCCCCUCCCCAGGUUGGCGGCUGGGGGCUCGCACCAAAUGUACCCAACGUGCCACAGCCUCCGCAGGGACUCUGGACUCAGGGGCAGCCCCCCAUGCAGCCUUGCCCAGCCUGGCCUACGAGUGUGAACCCACACGCAGGUGCUGAGCAGAAGGCUAGUGUAGCUAUGGAGGCUGAGAGAUGAAGGGCCAAAUAAAACUGAGGAGCCCCCCCCCCCCCCUUACGCACACCCCCAACUUCCUGUUUCUCAGACACUGGGAAUCCAAGCUGGGUGGGUGGAAAGGGCGGAGAAUGGGUCGAUGUGAGUUUUUUUUCCUGAAAGACACGUAUGGAGAGAAAUGGAAACUACACAAACCAAGAAAAACUCAACAUGGACAAUUUAAGAAGAGGAGAAAACCAAUGCAAAUACAAAAAUAGAAAAAUGCUACGCACACACACACAUAGCAAAAAGAGAGUAACUAAAACCUUUGUUAGUUUUUUCCUAAGUAAAUGCAUAGAGAGAAAUAUUAUUGAACUAAAAGAAAAAAAAAAAACACAAAAAACUGUCACGUCCAAGGAUUCUAUGUGAUGUUCAUGGACAUUCAAGGCAACAAAAUUUAAAAUUUCAGUUUGUUUGUUAGUUUGUUUUUUUACUUUUAUUCCCUUUUCAGCCGAUGUUUUCUUCACUGGCCUCUUGUGUUCCUGCAAACGGUCGGUCAGUUCGUAAUCAAAUAAGUAUACAGCUCCAUACUGGCAUUCCCAUCGCCACAGGUGGGACUGUUGUUACCUCACCUGGUGGUCACCUGACUCCUUUCAGCCAAUCAGGGAUUCUUCUUAAACCAACUGUUGCCAGGACGUGUUUUAGGAGUUUUAAAGGCAGCAGCCGCUCUGGUUUCUACUAACUGAUCUUUGCUGCAAUGGUUUCUUCUGGACAUAGUUUUUAACCUGGACUCAGAUUACAACUGUAUCCUUUUUUCUUUUUUUUUUCCUGGAGACCUAUGUUAUUUCAGCAAAAAUGAGAGAUGUUUUAACAUAAUAUCGUUGAUGAGGCUGAUUGUUUUUCUUAAAGGUUUAAGGGAGGUUGCUCUGAGCUUGGGUGGGACUUUAGGCGGUUUUAAGUAUCUGGAAGAUGCAAUCAAACACGGCUACCGUCGAGAAACACGAGUGCUCCACCUUUGUACACAGAGUUGCUCCUUUGCAUGUGUUCAUAACGUGUAACACCUUUUGUAGCGAGCGUACACGAGGCUGAGGCAUGUUUAUAAGAGGGGGUGGAGGUGAGGUCGGGGUUGUGGGUGAAAUUAAUGCAAUAGUACAAAGUUUAUUGUUAAAUAUGAGAAAGAAAAGGGAGGAAUGUGGAUGUUGGGCAGCUUCGGGUAGCUCAUCGGACUAUCCGGGGACACUACAGACUACUUUGAGUUAUACGGUGUUUGUAUUUAAUGUAGUGUAUAAAUAUGUACACUACUCCCACGCAAAGGGUUUUUACAAAUCUUGGGUCUCUAACGUCAACCCGUCCCCGGUCCAUUGAUACUACUGAGGGACAGUUGGGGGGUCGACCCCCCCCCAACACAAGGCAAUAUUUGAAACGUGGGGGUCUGCUCCUUUUUAAGUUUGUCCUGUUUGGAUUGCGUUUUACACGAAGAAAUAUUUUAAACAGCAGGGGUCUUUUUUAAUGAGAUAAUUAUGAAAUGAUGGCUAACCAUCUUCCUUUAGUAUCGCAUAGCGUAAGGAAACCCCCCCCCCCCCCGUUUUCAUGCUGCAUACUUUAUUUGGUUAAAUCAGAUGGUUUCUGGGUGGGCCUGUUCCUAAAACGUUUCUUGUGUAUGCCCCCCCCCCCCUUUGUAUGACUGUAUGAGACCAUUCCCACAAUAUUUGUGGACUACCUGAUAAUUAACUUAUCAUUUUUGUGAACCUAAAUAAAUAUUGUAUGUCAACCUA